GUCGAAUGUGGCGGCAAGCUCGCGCUGCGCCAGAAAGAUUCAUCCGAUGAAUAUCAGUAACGUGGGAUGAUUUGAAGACAGAAAGCGACAAUGGCAAAGAUAAGAUCACAUUGAUGAGAUACGGCUGAUUGAUUCGAUAAGAUUGAGAUGUACAGUUUACACGUGAUUCGGCACAGCCUCUCUAGCACAGCCCUCCGUCGAAAGAAACGCUCUUCAUUUCGUAGUCGCCGUCGCCGUACAAGAGGCCAGGAAAAUGUCGGCAGCAAACAAGAUUCUCCGCACCGCCAACGCGCCCACCACCGCUCCGGAUGAGACUGAGCUCAGCGUUGCUCAGGCCCUCGUUGAUCUCGAAAACAACGUCCCGGAACUGAAGACUGAGCUCCGGUCUCUCCAAAUCUCUGCUGCUCGGGAGGUCGAUGUCCGAGGCGGAAAGAAAGCCAUCGUUAUCUUCGUCCCUGUUCCUCAGCUGAAGGCCUUCCGCAAGGUUCAGCAGAGAUUAACACGGGAACUCGAGAAAAAGUUCAGCGACCGUCACGUCGUGUUCGUCGCCCAGCGCCGCAUGCUCCGGAAACCCACCCGCACUUCGCGUGUUGUGCAGAAGCGCCCUCGUUCCCGUACCCUCACCAACGUCCACGAGCGCAUCCUCGAGGACCUUGUCUUCCCGACCGAGAUUGUCGGAAAGCGCACCCGGGUGGCCGUUGAUGGCUCCAAGCUCCUCAAAGUCCUGCUCGACUCCAAGGACGCUACGUCGCUGGAGUACAAGCUUGACUCUUUCUCCUCUGUCUACCGUCGUCUCACAGGGAAGGAUGUCGUGUUCGAGUUCCCCGUUGUGUCCCAGGAAUAGGCGCGUCCUUGGUGUACUUCAUGUCUAGUAUGCUUUCAUGCCAUAUAAAAAGCUAUGCAUUGCCACCUCUUCAUUGGUUAUCAUAUCUUUUAUAAUAAGUUGUCAUCAGACAUCAUCUGAGAAAUCGGAUGCCACGUUCUUUCCGCCCUGCUGUUGGAUGUUCAGCUAUCCUGAACAGGGAAGUCAAUUCCCCGAUUGGGUGAACAAUGACCCUAGGCGUGCGAGAGCAAUUCGAGGAUACAGGCUCGUCGCCGGGUGCACUAUGAGAGGAAGGGUCCGACGCGCCGAUUCAUGCAGUGGACUGAUAGAGUGAUCGCCCUGUGAACGUAUCCGUGCGGGACGUGAUUCCAAUCCUCAAUUCGCGCCGCCAAGGUGUCUUUUGAUUCUUGAAGGACGCCGGAUGAAACUCCAUGCCAACGGACUUCGCCAAGGUCCGACUUCUGAGCGAGACACUCCACAUAAUCGGGCCCGGACUCCUGUACACUUUAUACAACACUUGACAUUCGCUCUGUCGUCUUUACUCUCAUCCUUCACCGGCAGCGAGAAUCCCCAUUCCUCUGCUCAGCCGCAAAGGGAGAUCUGCAGCAGAGCGGCAUCGACGCACGUGCUCCGUGUGUAACAACAGUGACACCUUUGAGCCUCUCCCAGAGACUCCCGCCUUGGUGCGGCAAGGCCCUCUUUCCUCCUCCCCUUCUCCCUGCAGACACACCGUAAACGGCUGGCCACCAUCUCGCCUUACCUGUCUUCCGCCUCAUCCGUCCUCUCUUGACGUUUACGAGGCGUCAAUUGACUACAUAACUGCACUCCCACUCUUCACCUUUGAUCGAUAUUGCGUGGAAUUCACCCACGAUGGCCCAAUACGACCGACUAACGGGAAUGGAUCCUUACUCGCGCUCUCGCUACGAGCAAGGCGUUGAUAGUAAGAUCGUCGUUAUGGGCAAUUCUGGUGUGGGCAAGACGAGCCUGCUACAACGAUACACCCAGAACAAGUUCGAGCCCAAGAACACUACCUCCACCAGCGGCGCUUUUUUCGUCACAAAGAAGGUCCAAGUCAACGGACUAAAAGUUCGUCUCCAACUAUGGGACACUGCGGGCCAGGAGCGGUUCCGGAGCAUGGCACCUAUGUACUACCGAGGCGCAAAUGCGGCUCUACUGCUUUACGACAUCACUAACGCGUCCACAUUUGACGACAUUCGUGGCUGGUUGCAGGAGCUCAAGAAGAACUGUCCGCCUUCGCUACUCAUUUACAUCGUCGGCUCGAAGGCGGACCUUCAUGAACAUAGACAAGUUACACCUGAUCUCGCACGUUUGCAACUGCAUAAUUGGUUUCCGCCACCCCGACCUCCGACACCGCCGCCACCGCCGCCGCAGAUGAGCACGCUCGCUUACAUUCGCCCACGUUUUACCUCCUUCCCGGGACUGCGCUCAGCACCCGUAAUCAAUCCGCAAGCGAAGGCAACAGGACAGAGAAAGGAUUCGACGGAAUCAACAACUACUCGUACCGCGUAUCUGGACUUGCAAUCUCCCACCACCAGGCCAUCGGCCAUCAGCCGUCCAUCGGCCGUGUCAUCACGCACAGGCCACUCACAGUCUCCCCCACAACGAUCGCGCUUCGGUUCCCAUUUUGGCUUCCAAGUUGGCGGGUGGCAUGAGGAUGAGAGUCGAAGUAACAGUAAUGGGGAGGACGAGGGUUAUGGCGGCGAAGAAGAUGAAGAUGAAGAUGCAGUGGGAAAGGGCUGGGAAUGGGGUUUGAGUAAAGGGAUGGAGUUGUUUGAGGUGUCCGCCAAGGAUGACACUGGCAUCAAGAAUCUUUUUGAGCAUCUCAUCAGUGCAAUCAUUCUCCAUAAAGACGAAAUCGAGCAGGAGAACACAGCGAGGAAAAGGGACAGUGUCUUUCUUGAUCCCAUCGCGCCUGCAUGGAGCAGCCAAGCGGACGAUGUCGACGACAGGGAAAAGGCGAAGCAGAACGCCAUGGCGAUGACAUUGCGCAUUGCUCUCACAGAGGUCCAGGACGGGUGCUGGGCGCCUGAUGAGUCCAGUGACUCUGUAUGCACCGCAGAACAUUGCUUCCACGCCUUUGACGCGCUGUACUGCGCACUUACGUCGGCAACACCGAUCAAGCCCAGCUUCGCUGACGACAAGUAUCCUCUCUUCGUCACAUGGAACACCCUUCGCUCCAAUCGCCCCCCUCGACUGCGCGGCUGCAUAGGCAGUUUCCAGGCUCUGACGCUGCACGACGGUUUGGCCGAGUUCGCGCUCGUCAGCGCGUUCCGAGAUCACCGGUUCCGCCGCAUAGAGCGCAGCGAGCUGGAGACGCUCGAAUGCGCGGUCUCGCUUCUGACCGACUUCGAAGACGCGGACUCGUAUCUAGACUGGACUCUCGGCACACACGGGAUAUCGAUCUCCUUCCCUCACCCAUCGCUGCUCACUGCGACCUCGGUCACACCUUCGCCCCUCUCCUCGGCGACGCAUCUGCCGCCAAUCACAUCGCGCCAGAAGUUCAGUGCGACGUACCUGCCGGAAAUCGCACCGGAACAGGGCUGGGAUAAGCGGGAGGCGGUAGAUAGCGCGAUCGAGAAAGCGGGAUGGAAUGGCACGAUCACAGAGGAUCUGCGUCGGAGCAUCAAGUUGCAACGGUACCAGUCACGCAAGCACAGUGUGACAUGGGCCGAAUACAUUGGUUGGAGAAAUCAGCAGAAUGCGUAGAUUGUAUGUAUGUAUAUAGCACUAUUCCAGGUUGUGAUGAUUCGACACGCCGUCUGUAAACAGCGACUCCCGAAUGCGGCGCAAUCGGUGCCCCUUCCCGCCCCAGUUCUCUCCGAAUCGGUCCUCGAGACGAGUCCAGACUGAACGCAGGAGCGCAAGAUCUCGGUUACUCGUCUUGUCAAACGCAGUGAGAACCCAGUACAGGACAGACACAUUCGGCUUCACGUGUUCCGGCAGGGCCAAGAAUACAUCAAACAUGGAAUGCAGGCUGCUCAAGUCCCACGGCUGUGUCUCUUCUGCCGUAGAUUCGACCACGCCGUGCCGCGAGAAUCCCAAGAAAAUGGCCCGGAAAACGGGGAGCGUGGGCGAGUAAACCACAGGCUGUAGUUUACCAAACUCGUCUCUGUAGAUCCGAGCGCCGAUCUCCGAAUUCUGAGAGGACAACAUGUCUUGAAAGGCAGUGAGCGCAGUCUUGAGAUCGCCGUGGUAGGCGGCGACUUGCACGACAGUCGUGUACGUCACUUCGUUGGGCACCAUCGACUCAGGGAUCUCGAUCCCCUCAUUCUGCAGGGACCGCCACACGAUGAAGAUAUCGUCGAUCCCCACCAGGGUCUCGGCAACCAUGUUGUGCCGCAGGACACGGUAUAUGUUCAGCGCCACCUCCAUAUAACCAAGGCGCGAGAAUGCCCACAUGCAGGCAUUCAGCCCGUCGAUCCCUAAUUCUUGCUGCUGCUCUCGCAAUUUGAGCAGACUCGCGCGCACGCCCGCAAGGUUUCCCUCGUUUGUAUGAUGUUUCAGCAGUGUAAGAUGGGUGACCCGGCUCGGAGAGAGUCUCGAUGCGGUCAGGAGGGAUGUCGAUUGUCGGACUGUGUCGCCGUGGCGAGUGUUCACAGCAUGAUUGAUGAGUGUUGAGUAAGUAUACACGUCGGGCAGGACAUUCUGCUCGUGACCGCCUGCAUCCUCAUCAUACCCCCAAGUCGCGCUGUAUUCAGAGGACAUAGUCGCGCCGGGCGCUCUCGCCGACACCAUGUCCGUGAAGACGUCAAACGCGCGCUUGAAAUCCUCUUGUCUCGCUUUCCGGAAGCCCUUCCCUGCAGUGUCGAUCAGGAUGUUCCACUGGUAUCCCUCGAUCGCCCACCCAUUCCGGUGGAUCGAGGUAAACACCGACAACAUGCGGCCGAAAAGUUUGCGCGUCUUCGUCCCUUCUUGCGUCAUCAGGCGCACGAGCCGGUUCAAGUGUCGGUGCGGAAUGGAAAACGGAAUGGACAUGAGCGCGUUGUACGCCAUCCAGCCUUGCGGGUACGAUUGCGUGUUGCCCAAGACGCGCAGAAGGUCCCUCCUCCACGCGACUCUGUCGACACGCAUACGCACGGACCGCUCGAUGUCGAACAGCAACGGCAGAUCGAGGUCGUCGAAAGGAUCGUCGCAGCCCCCACCCAGACGGAUGGUCUGCUGGAAUUUGAUGAUUUUCGUGUGAAUGAUAGGGAGCGGCAGACGCUGCCAGGCUUUUCCGGUCGGGUACUUGGCGGCUUGCUGUGUAACAAGUUGGAAGCGAGAGGAGGAAAGGGAAAGCGGAAGAGGGGCAGGGUCGGGGAGGUGGAAUCCACCAGGUCUUUUUCCAAGUUUGCUGGCAGCUGGUGAGACUGAGGUCGCCGGUGCCGGGGGUUCUGCGUCUUCUCCACGGGAUACGCCAGUGCCCAUCCGCUCUUGGUCGCUCGGACGAGCCGGCAUUGAACGAUAUCUCCGGAUCAGUACGGCACAUGGCGGAGGAGGAUGCGUAUGCCGAACAGAGCGCGCUGGAUGGAGGACAGUGCCCAGCGAAGAGGCUCUGCGCAUCAACUAAAGUCAUCCUGUAGCACACAUACUCAUCAGUGCGCGGACUGAGGAGAGAACUGGCAGGUUAUACGUACAAUCCCAGCGUGAAAAUCACCCCCACAGUGGCCUUGGUUGCCUCCUGAGAUUCUAUUCACGUCGUG